UGUCUAGAGUUGAACUGCAGAAAGAAAGAAGUGAAACUACGAGUAAUGUGAAGAACGGCCUGUAGAUCGUGUUCAGAGUAAAUGUGUGUUGAGAGGAUAACAGUAAUCAGUUCUCACUGAAGAACAUGUUUCACCACCGCUGUGGCGUCUGGUUAGUGGUUAUGGUUAGGUCUUAAGAAACAGCAGAGGAACAGGUUUCAACACAACACUGCAUCAGUCAGCGCUCGGGUCUCGAGGGAUAAUCUUGACCUGUUGAGGUGGACACAGAAACACUGCAGGUUACAUCGGCUCCAGCUGACCUCACUUCUCCAUUACGACUGACAUCAUGUUACUAAAUAACAACUCUAGAGUCAUUUCAACACUCAGUCGGUCAGAUCAGAGGAAGUGAAAACCACAGGAGGAGCUGAGAGUAUUUAAAGAAAGAGUUGAGAGCAAAUGAUGAAGAGAAAGAGAAAAUGUCUGAGUGUCAUCUGUGUCUGCUGGGACUGAUCGCUCUCUCUUCACUUCUCACAGGUGUCAGUGGAGAGGAUGAUGUUCAUGUGUUCAUCAGUUCUGGUGAAGAUGUCUGUCUGCCCUGUAAUAAUGCUCUUCAUGAUGCUCUUCAUGACUGCAACUCAACUACAUGGAACUAUAACAGAGGCAGUCAAUCAGGAACAGUUGAACUGAUUGGUUUAGGGAAAGAGAGGAAAGGCACAGAGAGACAUGAGAGACUGAGUCUGGGGUCUGACUGCUCUCUGAACAUCAGGAACAUCUCAACAGAAGAUUAUGGAUAUUACACCUGCCAACAAUGGACUGGUGUGAAUGGACCACAAAUAGGACCUGAUGCUCGUGUUUAUCUGCAUGUUCUUCAUGUCUCAUCCUCACAGACUCAGAUCAGUUCAGGUCUCUCUGUGACUCUCUCCUGUCGGCUGUAUUUAUAUGAUCGAGUCUCUUGUGAUUUUUCGGGUCGUUCUGGGGAAAUUCAUCUGUUCUGGGUGAAUCAGGCUGGUGUUAAACUGAAUAUAUCAGACUCCAGAUAUCAGAUAUCAUCCUCAUCAGAUCCCUGUAUCAUCUCUCAGAAUACAACACUCCUGAAUGAAGAUCACAACAGAGAGUGGAGAUGUGAAGUUACUCAGAGAGAUAAAGUCAAGACCUCAGUCACAAUCACUGUCAAGAUAUCAGAUCAAGCUCAAACGACGACACCAGUCCCAAACUCUCAGGAUCCCUCAACUACAAACACACCAGAAACUUCUACACACACAGUGAUUGUGAUUGUGAUCAUUGUAAAGUUUGCAGUGUUUGCUGCUCCUACUGUGAUUCUUCUUCAGAUCAUCUGUGCAAGGAGAGCUGGAAGGAUUUGCAGCAGCCAGAAGAAAUAGAGAUUAGAGUAAAACACUCUUCAUAUAACAGAUUACAGCUAGAUCUGUCUUCAUCUCAAUGAUAUGAUGAUAUUUAUACAGCAUAUAUGUAUAUUUGCUCCAUAUACUGUACUGAAUGCUUUAAAUAUAUUAAAUACAGAGAUCAACAGAAGUACUUUUAAUAACCAUGAAUAAUUACAGAAAUUCUAAUAGAAAUACAUGGUAUUUUUUUUUAAAAAUCUUGAUUCAUCUAAUCAUUGCAUUGAACAUUUUAAAGAAAGCUUUUUAAAUGUGGUAAUAGUACAUUUUAACUGAUGACGCUACACAUGCAUGUUAAUUAUCAUACAAUAUAUUUACAAAUGUAUUUUAAUUACUAUUGUUCACUGAUUAUUUGAUGCAGAGAAAAAAUCUUACUUAAAUAUCUGAAUUACUGUC